UGCUUUGCUCACAGGAAGAACAUACCACCCUGGCCAGGGCCCUCAUUCCUUUCUUCUCUCCCUCCUCUUGAGAAAAAUCUGAAUGAGUGUGUGAGAGGGGAAGGAAGCCAGGUCUUCUCGGGAUGGGAGGUGUUUUAGGAGCCGUUUCAGGUAGCAGGCAGGCAGCAAACAGUACCAAAGGGCAGAAGGAGGAACAACAGGGGGGAAGUCCCCUUGGCUUUUCCCAGUGUUGCUGCACCAAAAAACAAGACGGCCUGCAGGGACAGAGCUGGGCUGGACCAGAGCCAAGAUACAACUUUUAAUCCUGCGUCAUAUUCUUUUCAACUGCUGCCAUGUCUAUUCUCCUCCCUGCAUUCUUGGGCCUGUGCUUCUGCCAACUGAUUUCCAGUGCCCCCACUGAAAAUGACCCUGUGGUGGUCACCAGCAGUGGACCCAUUAAAGGCGUGCGACUCCUAACUAGAUCUGGUGCCGUAACUGCCUAUCUAGGAGUUCCAUAUGCUGAGCCUCCAGUGGGGAAGCUGCGUUUCCAGAAACCUGUCCCACAUCAACCCUGGAGUCACGUCUUGGAGGCCACCCGCUUUGGUAAAGCUUGUCACCAAAGGACCUCUUUUGGCUUUCCUUUUUCAAAUAUGUGGGUUGCCAGGAUGCCACAUUCCGAAGACUGUCUUUUCCUCAAUAUUUGGGUGCCUCACCCCCAGCCCUCCGUGCCAGUUCCUGUCCUCGUUUGGAUCCAUGGUGGAGGAUUUAUUGUUGGGGCAGGGUCUUUGGACUUAUACAAUGGGGCAUCAUUAGCUGCUACCGAGAAUGUCAUCGUGGCAUCCAUGAACUAUCGGCUGGGGGUCUGGGGCUUUCUCUUCUUCCCACCAGAAGUCCCAGGGAAUAUGGGCUUAUGGGACCAAUAUCUGUCUCUGAAGUGGCUGAAAGAGAAUGCAGCAGUCUUUGGUGGAGAUGUAGAAAAGCUGACUCUCAUUGGUCACAGUGCUGGAGCAGCCUCGGUGGGACUGCACCUCCUCUCCCCUGUGAGCCAACCCCUUUUUGCUCGAGCUGUGCUCCAGAGUGGAGCCCCCAAUGCACCUUGGGCUUCGGUGCCACCUGAGAAGGUCAAGCCAAUGGCCCUUUAUUUAGCUGGCUUCUUGAACUGCAGAAAAGGGAAUCACAGUGCCGUGGUGAGCUGUCUCCAAAAUAAGGAAGCUGUUAUUUUUAAGAAUUUCAGCUCUUUCUUCAUACCCACCUCCGAUGGGGAUUUCCUUCCUGAAGAUCCAAAGAGACUUCUACAGACAGGGAUAAUUCCAGCAAAACCACUACUUAUAGGUGUUACAAGAGACGAUGGCUCAGUCUUUAUACCUAAAGUUCUGAGCUAUGACAAAAUUGUGACCUGGGAGCAGGUCUUACAAGGUAUAAGCAUCAUAUUAAAAAGUCAUUUUGAAGAAGACGUUUUCAGGGCUGUAGCACUUAGGUACAAUGAAGAGAACCAUGGGCCAGUUCCGUACCGUCAGAUCUUGGCCCGUCUUAGCAAAGAUCACUAUUUUGUGUGCCCACUAAUUGACAUUGCUGCAAGGAUGGUAGCAGCUGGGAGCUCUGUAUACACUUACUCCUUCAAUCACCACAUUUCUACCUCCAUAUGGCAAGAGUGGAUGGGUGCAGCUCAUGGAACCGAGGUCCCUUAUCUCUUUGGAACCCACCCAUCACUUCCAGGAAUCAAUCAAUCAGAUGCAGAAACCGACAUGGUGCUAAGCCAACGGGUGAUGCACUACUGGGCCCAGUUUGCCAGAAGUGGGAAUCCCACCAAAUCUGGUGAAGUUCAAUGGCCACUUUACAACGCUACUGAGCAGAAGGUCUUCCAUAUCAGCACUGAGUCGCCUCGAAUCAUGCAGUUUUUGCCUCCUGAGCACUGCGGUUUUUUGGCAACCCACAUUUAUAAUGCAACAGGCAUUGAUGCAGCCCAAGGAGAUGCUGCAUCAUUGAGUCAAACAAAAGACAAGAACUGACCAGAAAUGAAUGAAAGGAAUUCUCAGAAAACAAACUCAAAUACAGAAUGGAAGGCUGUUCUGCUAGCGUUAAAGACUGUGCACGAAGAAGGCGCAAGAAAUUCGGCUACGUUAUGGAAGUCACUUGCUGCAUCAAGGAUCUGUGUAACCACUCAAAGAAAGAUAUUUGACAGCUGUUUUUUUUAAGGACUCUCAUGCUCAGAAAUUUGCCUUUUCUCUGUGGGUCUGUAUAGAAGGGCCCCUGAGCAGAUGCAAAUUUCAUUUCUAUUUCCAGUAAGGAAAUGCACUCGUGCUACCUUGCUCGUAUAAAAUGAAGGAGAAAUGUAUUAUUAUACAGUAUAAUAUUAAUAUUUUUAUUU